AUGAGAGUUAUCGUAACUGAGAAAGGACAAGAUCUUCGUAAAGAACUGUUCUUUGAAAAGAUCAACAGCUAAGCUUCUAUAUAAUUAGUAGAUGAUAAGUCAGUCAAUCAAGGAGCGACUUCGAAUAGAAAAAAGACUAAUAGAGGUCUGAGUUUAGGUUCAGAAAAGGAUCAUUUGAUGAAUCCUAACUUUUACCAAGAAAAUGACAUGAAUACAAUGCAAAAAACUGCGUAAAAAUUUAAGACGAUUGAUCCUUAAUUCAAGAAAAGCAUUUAAUCUUAAUACUCUUCCUAGCAAAGGGCUCAAACAUAGCAUCCAGAUAUGAUUGAAAUGUAAAUUCAUAUUCCAAAAAUCAAGAUUUCAAAAUAUUUCAAAGCCAAGUACUAAGGUGCUUACAUUCCCCCAUCUCAAAUAAAAGAAAUGAACAAUAGAAAAGGUGGACUCGUUUUUUCAUAGAGUGAAAAGUAACUCGAUAAAACCUAGAUGAACAAAAUUUAGCAGUUUAAAUAUGAAAUGUAAUAGAAAACUAUGAACAGUACUGAGUCACAGCUCUUCCCAGCUAUAUCAUCAAUGAAACAGCUUCACAUACCAAGAAAAGAAGAGAAAUAACUUAAAGAGAUCUAGCAUGAGCCAGUAUUGAUAAAGAAAAAUGCUGAACAAUUCUAGGAAAAUUAUAAACUCUGGAGCGGUUAAUUAUCAACAGCUUUUUCUAGAGAACAUCUUUUAUCACCUUCUUUUAAUAAGAAUCUUCAUAAGCUUCCAUUUGGUUAUUUAAGUUCAACUAGAUCUUCAACCAAUUUGCAAAGAAGAUAGAAUUUUGCCUCUACUUUGUAAAAUUUUACUUCAUAGCUCACAGCUGGCUAGACACUGGCAACAUAUAAUUUUAGGGCAACUGGCUAAUCUCAAGCAAAGAAUACUGAAUUAAACAAUUCAAAAACAGAUUCAUUGAUUGAAGAUGAAGAAGAGCAGGAAAGAAUGAGAAAGGAUAAGAUAAAGUGGAAGCAUCACCAGGAUGAGGCAAAGAGAGCCAAGAUGAUGAUUAGACUUAGAGAGAAGUUAGAGGUACCAGAAUCUGCGCCAGAAUUAUAUGAUCCAAGAAGAGUGUAGGAAGAAAGAGAUUUCAUCGAGAAUGCAAUUAAGAGAAGCGUCCAAGGAGAAGGAUCUAAAGAUAAAGUUGAGAAAGAGCAUAACUUAAAAUACAAGAAGUAUUGGGACAAGGAUCAUGCAGCAUCACUCUCUAACAUUAGAAAAUAUGAUCUUUCCUAUGCUAGAUUCAAGGAUUUAAACAAGAAUCCACAAAACAUAUUAGUCUUUAAUGGAAAACUUCUGGACUACUUGUAGAAGACAAAUAAUGGAAAGAAGCAAACAAAUGACACAACAAGAAAUGAGAAAAAUAACACCCAGAAAGACUAACUUUGA